AUGGCUACGAAGAGGGAGGAGUUGGAAGAGGAGCAUUUGGCUUCAAGGUUAAAGGAAAAAGAAUUGAAAGAUGACAUAUUUAUUUCUUUGAAGAAAACUUUAUCGUCACAGAAAACUGUUGAUUUGAUUAAACAUCCUAUUGAUUCCGCAACUAUGAUACCGAUCCUUGACCCUGACUCAGAAACCAAGCACUCUCAUGAGAUCAAACCAGGAAUGGUCAAUUUAUCUGCGCAGCGAGAUAACCCUUGCUCUCCUGAUCGUGUGACAGAACUAGAAAUCAUACACGUAGCAUCUGAUGAAGAAAAUGAUGCUAUUUCGUUCAGAGAAGAAGUAUCUGAUAAUGCAGACUGUAGAGUUAAUUCCCCUGUUGGUCCGCUUCGAGAGACUGAGAUGAGAGGUGCAACGGACUCCAGUAUUGAUACCACUGUGAUUGUGCAGCAGAGGAUGGAAGCUGUCGGAGCAUCAAUUUUUGAGGCCGAGACGAGAGGUGUUGCAGACUCGGGUUCUCCAACCAAUAUGAUUGUGCAGCAAAGGUUAGAAUCUGUUGCGGCGUAUACUAGUGAGGCUGAGACGAGAGGAGCUGCUGAUUUGUGUACUACUGCCACUGUUAUGCAACAGCAGAGGAUAGAAGAUGUCCCAAUUCGAGUCUGUAUUUUGAAAAAUCCUGCUGGCUCAUCUAAUAGAGAGGUUGAUAUGGGAGGUGCUGUAGACUUGUGUACGACUGCUACAGUGAUGAAGCAUAAGAGUAUAGAAGAGAUCAUUGAUGGGGACUCUAACAAUGAAACCAUUGCUAGCUCAUUUGAUGGGGAGGUUGAUAUGGGAGGUACAUCUGGUUCAGGUACUACAGCCAUUUUGUCUGAGCCCAAAUAUAUAGACGAAGGGCUGCAUGGGGACUCCAAUAAUGAAGCCCUCUUUGAGGCAUCUAAUGAGAUAGAGAUGAGAACUGGUUCAGAUUCAGGUACUACUACCAAUGUGGCUGGGCAGCAGAGGAUAGAAGUGGUGCGAUGUGAGGACUCUAAUGUAGAAGUUCCUGUUAGGUCUUCUGAUGGGGUGGCUGAGAUGAGGGUCGCUGCAGAAUUGAGUACUUCUAUCACUCUGGCUUCGCAGCAGAGGAUAGACGAGGUGCAGGACAGGAACACCAACAUUGAAGUACCUUCUACAGAACCCAAUAGAGAGGCUGAGGUGAGAGAAGUAAACACGGCUACUCCUGCCACUGUUGCUGUGCAGGAGAGUCUAGAAGAGAUGACCAUGUAUCCUUCAUCCGGAUUAAAUGCUGGCAGACAAAUCUUGGUGCAGUCACAAGCAUGUGCAUUAACAGGAAAUUCUUCACCAUUAGAGCAGCCAAUGGGAAAUCUUCCUUGUAAUGUGACCAGCCAUACUGCUGGAGCUUCUAACAGAUCAAACUGUAUUUCUAGAGUGCCUGCCUCUUGUCAAGAUCAAGUGUCUCCAGGGAAUAGGGGGUUAUGCAAUCAGCUUCUGAUGCAACCAAUACUGCCGACUGCUGGUUGGGAGCAGGUUCAUACCCCAAAUCUUGCUGGCACAGCCCUCCCACAGUCAGCCAAUAGCUCCUUCCAAGAAUCCUCAAAUUUGAGAUAUGCUAGCGUUGAUCCACUCCAAGAUGAGCUAGUAAGAUUGAAGAAUGAAGUAGCAGAAGCUGAUAAGAUUCACAAGGAUAAGGCGACAUUUUUGCUAUUCUCCCGUGAAAAAGAGAUUCAAGAGGUUCACAGGAAGUAUGAUUUAUUGCUCAGCAAAGCAGAGAAUGCAUUAACACAGACUAAACUAGAAUUGAGAUCUUAUUACGAAAAAGUGCUUGCAAACAAGUUAUUGGCUGAUACAUUGAAGUGCAACUUUCAGAAGCAGACAUCAUCUUCAAUGCCACCAGAAGAUCUGUUGAAUGCAAUCCUUCAGUUAACUCCGGAGAAGCUCAACUUGGCUGUGCAUGGAACAUUGGUGGCUAAUGUUGAAGCAACAGCACCUCCUGCUCAAGUAGCGCACGAUGUAUCUCAACUCAUGUCUCUGGUAACAAGCAGAUCACAAUACUCCAGUACAUUACCCGACCCAGGAAAUCCUCUUGCUGCUUACCUUGUAAGGUCUUCCUUCUGCCCGCCCAGACCAAUCAACUCCGCAUCCACAUCAAUGUUUGGGUUAAUGAACCAGCAAACUGCUUUUAGUCCACUCGGGUCGACGUACAGCUCUCAUCAACAGGGGUUUCUGCCUGGGACUUUUCGACUUGGCAAUACGAUGCAACUUCCUGGGCGGCUUUUAUUUGGUGGCACAUCACAAAAUCCUCAUCUGUUGUAGCACUCUGGCACACUCUUUUUGAAUGGAUGUUCUUUUAUAUAGUACAGUUUUCGCAGUGUGCAGGGUUUACAGAAAUAUAGGAGAUGAUCUAACGAGUAAUAUAGGCGAAAUGGCUUUUGUUUUUGGCUGCAAAAUGUGUCCCAGCAUGCCAUAUUCAAAUGUGUAGAUACUGAAUGAGCUCAUCAAUUUUGUAUAGCCUUACCAUGAUGCUUGCUCAAAUAUCAGCUUCUUUUACUCUAGUUGAGCACUUGAGAUUACCGUGUUUACUUAACAGCUUAUUACUACUUUAUAUACUUUGAUUCAUAUGUUUAAACGUUUUCCUGGUGCUAAGGAUCGAUUAAUUUGAUGCUUGUGUUUUUUGGACUUAUUUUUCGUACAUUUCAAGCAUCUAGUGGAAGAAAUAAAGCUUGAGGAAAGACAAAGACAUUGUCUAGAGAGGAGUAUCGAGUUUUUGAUUCAUCUCUAUAUUUCGUGUUUUGUUUAUCAUUCAAUUGGUGAUGAUUGU